AUGUCAAGCCCACUCUUUGGCAUCGUCCCUGCGGGCCAACCGCUCAUCACAGAACCUUCUUCAACCCCCUCGCCAACCUCACUACUCUACGCUCUCCCCACCACAAAACACUUCUCACAUAUUGUUGUUUUUAUGUUACCAGGCAUAAGUCUCCCGCCGAACACCGCUGCAGCAAUCUACCUAGCAACUGCCGCCGAUGUCGCAGCAGCAGCUCAGUCAGGUGGCACACCCAACUUCCGCUUUCUUGGAGGUAUAGGCCCUGGAAAGGAGAGCGCCAUGUUCAAGGUCAGCGGGGGAGGAGAGGCCAGCGAUUUAGUGAUUGGUAUAUCAGUUGAGCCAGAAGUGUCUGUUGGCCAGCGCUUGCAAGAACUCGCUGCCACCAAGUCUGGCAACUCAUCAGGCGGCCAGCCCAGUACGGCUAUACUCGCACAACGCAUCAUCCAGAACGCAUUCAAUUUUUUAUCGAGCUUCAGCGGUACAGCAGGACCUGGUGGUGUUGAGGUUGUGCCGCUCAAAGCCUUUGAAAACUGGUGGCGCAAGUUUGAAUCAAGAGUUCGGGCAGAUCCUAGUUUCCUGGAGAAGCAGUCAGAUUAG